CGUCAUUUAUUAAACAAAGAAGUGAAUCGACAUUAGAAGCAUGGAGACUCGCUGCAACUGAGGGAUUCUUGACCUUUCCAACUUCAUACUUUAAUCUGGUUUCAGGUCAGGAAAGCUGAUCAGAAUGUCGGGGAGAAAGAUUAUGGUCCAUGCCACAUGGGCCAUCGGUAAAGUAAUCGGGACCAAGAUGCAGAAAACUGCUAAAGUGAGAGUGACACGACUGGUGCUAGACCCCAACCUGCUGAAGUACUACAACAAGAGGAAGACCUACUUUGUCCAUGAUGCUUUGGAGCAGUGCACUGUGGGAGAUAUCGUCCUCAUCAAGGCUCUGUCUGUGACAAGAUCCAAACAUGUCAAGCAUGAACUUUCUGAGAUUGUUUACAAAGUGGGCCGGGUGGUGGAUCCGCUGACGGGGAAAAGUGUCGCAGGAACAGAGUUUGUGGAGCCUCUCUCUGACCUGGUUCUAGAAGAGAAUAUUUCUCUGUCGGAUAAACUCAAAGAGCUGAACAUCUCAGCUGCCUCUUCUGCAGCUGAUUCUCCAUCUGUACAAACUCCUACUUCAUGAUAGAAAACUGUUUUCUUACAAGCCACUCUGUAAUGUUUUUGUUUCAAGAGUUAAUAUUAAUAAAAAUAUAAGUAUGUAAACAUUAUGGGUUCAACAGAAGCAUAACUCUAAUAUUACUUUCAAGAAUAUAAAUUGGAUUAUUUUGCAAUGAAAUGAAAAUGGGAACACAUUCAUGCUUUGUGAUGCCCUCUGGGUUUCUGGGAGAGAUUGAAAAUCUAAAUUUUAGUACUUAAAAGCCUUAAAUGUGCCAAGAUUUUAAAUAAAACAACAGUUGAACUAAAGGCAAAAAUGCCUCUUUGGAUUGAAAAGGUUGUAGAUCUUUGAUGUUUUCUAAAGCACUGGUUCUCAAAACUUCCAGUUUUCAACUUAAAAUAUCAGUAACUCUUUGUUGUACUGUGGCAACACAAUUAGCAUCAGGAGCAAAUAUAUUGACCAAUAUGUGGUUUUUAUCUAUUGAAAUCCCUCUUUAAAAAAAAAAUCUUUUACACUAUAAAAUGAAUGUGCUUUUUAAUGUUUAGUUUUGGUAUUAAUAACUUCUCAAGAGGAUCUCAAGACCUUUCACAUUUUUGUAAUGUCAAUUUGUGCUGAAAACUUUAGUGUGGCUGAUUCAUAUAAAAUAUGCACAAUAAUGU